GAGAUCUGCCUAGGAAAUCAACGGCCAGAGCUCAUCCCGGUAUAAUAACUGUGGAAAUUGUUAAUAGCACAUCAAGAAGUCAUCAGAUGAAGUCAAAUUUGCUGAGCAGGCAUGCGGCCGGCCGGCUGCCCGGUCAAGUGCACCAAAUUUGCUCAGUUCGAAUGUUACUACUUCCACAUCAUUUGGGGCGGUUCCAAUCUUGACAGCUACGUACUACAGUUUAAUACAUAUUCUGAAAAUUUUGAGCUUUCAGAUUCAGUAACCUUCCUGACUUGUUGUUCUACUCUGUUGUACUAGAAGCUAACCAAAUCAAUGUUAGGUGAACAUGUCUGUUCCCUUGUGUUCAUGAAGAUCAUGAGAAUCGAAACCCCGUGCACGGAUAAUCAAGACUGAAUUUUGUAACGAGUCGUAGUUUUUCUGAGAAAAAACAAAGGAUGCAUGCUGUCAAUCACAAAGCUGCAGAAUAGCACGGUCAUAACAUGGAUGCAUUAGCAUAUUUGGUCUGUGGAGAUGCAUAUAGUCUCUGCCUCUUAUCUCGUCGGAGGUAGUUAUUCUUACAAGGGAGAGCAGGAAGCAUGGAUCUAUGCGUUGUGAUUCUUCUAUUCUGCGUCUUCCAGUUUAUCCAUGGCCAGCCUGAUGACCUAGGUUUCAUAAGCAUCGAUUGUGGCAUCCCGGUGAAUUCCUCCUACCAAGAUCCCAGCUCAAAAAUAAUAUAUGUCUCAGACUAUGGAUAUGCCACCUCAGGAGAAAACCGCAACAUCUCCUCAGUUUACAUCAAGCCUUCACUGGCAAAGCGCAACCUCAACGUCCGGUUCUUUCAGCAUGGAGCACGCAAUUGCUAUGCCCUGAGAUCCUUGGUGGCAGGAAACAAGUACUUCGUCCGUGCGCUUUUUUACUACGGAAACUAUGAUGGCCUUAACAAACUUCCUGUCUUUGAUCUGUACAUGGGGGCAAACUACUGGCAUGAAGUUAAUAUCAGUGCUGCAGGAGCAGUCAAAUGGAUGGACAUCAUAGUAGUCGCUCCUGCUGACUACCUGCAUGUUUGUCUGGCGAACAAAGGGAUGGGAACUCCAUUUAUCUCUGGGCUGGAUCUGAGGCCACUGAGGAUUACUCUUUACCCAGAGGUAAAUGCAAGUCAAUCUCUGGUGCUGAUUAGCUCCAAUCGGUUCAAUUUGGGGCCCACAGACAAUCGCAUAAUCAGGUACCCCUUGGAUCCCCAUGACCGCCUAUGGUCGACUUACGACACAGUCCCAAACUGGGAUGAAAUAUCUGCAACAUCUGUCGUCCAGAAUUAUGUCACUGAUGUGUAUGACGUGCCAUCAGCUGUUAUGCAAAAUGCAGCAACUGUCAAUGGUUCAAGAAUUGAUUUCUCAUGGGGUCCAUCGGAUCCAUCGGAGAACAUCAGCUCCAGUUACUUCUUUGUUUUUUACUUCUGUGAGUUGCAGAAUGUACGGAGCAAUGCUGUGCGGCAGUUUGACAUCAUUGUCAAUAACAAGACAUGGAACGCACAACCUUACACCCCUCCAUUCCUAUUCGCUGAUUCUUUCUCAGGCAUUGUACAAGGGUUGGCAAGUUAUAGUGUCUCACUUGUUGCUACAGAAAAUGCAACUCUUCCACCUAUCCUCAAUGCCAUGGAGAUGUACUUGGUAGAAUCGAUAACUGAGGCCGCUACUGAUAGUGGAGAUGCUAAAGCCAUGAUGGCAAUCCAAGAAAAUUUUGGUGUGGAGAAGAACUGGAUGGGCGAUCCAUGCACUCCAAAAGCUUUUUCAUGGAUAGGAUUAACCUGCUCCUAUCCUCCAGCUUAUGCCUCUAGAAUAACAGCAUUAAAUGUGCCUUCCUUUGGGUUGGCUGGUACUAUCUCUACUGAUUUUGGAGAUCUGAACGCACUUCAGUACCUGGAUCUGUCAAAUAACAACUUGUCUGGCACCAUUCCAAAUUUUCUUGGGCAGCUUCCAUUUCUAAUAUUUCUGGAUCUGUCCAGCAAUGAUCUACAUGGAACAAUCCCUGACAGCCUUCUCCAAAAAUUCCAAAAUGGAACUCUGUCCUUAAGGGUUGGUAAUAAUGCAAAUAUAUGUGCCAAUGGUACUGCCUGUGGAUCAAGUCGAAAGAAAAUUAAUGGGAUACUUCUUGCUGCAAUAGUUAUUCCAAUCGUUGCUGUCAUUGCAAUAUUUGUUGUCUUAUUUCUUCUGCUACGCCAAAAGCUCAAGGGAAAAGAUAAGAGAAAAACUACUGGUCCUGAAGAUGAAUCUGCGUUACUUGAGAACCGAGAAUUUUCUUACAGAGAACUAAAGUAUAUUACAAGCAAUUUUAGCCAAGAGAUUGGCAAGGGCGGGUUUGGAGCUGUCUUCCUUGGCCACUUGAAGAAUGGAAACUCAGUUGCUGUGAAAGUGCGUUCUGAUUCAUCUUCACAAGGGGGUAAAGAGUUUCUGGCUGAGGCUCAGCACUUGACAAGGAUUCAUCACAAGAACUUGGUUUCCUUGAUUGGCUACUGCAAGGACAAAAAUCAUCUAGCCCUUGUUUACGAGUACAUGCCCAAAGGGAACCUGCAGGAUCAUCUGAGAGGUUCUACUAGUAAACCACUCACUUGGGAGCAGCGUCUUCACAUCGCCCUUGAUGCUGCACAAGGUCUGGAGUAUCUGCACAUCGCGUGUAAACCAGCAUUGAUCCACAGAGAUGUGAAGAGUACCAACAUCCUGCUGACCACAGAUCUUGGGGCUAAGAUUGCUGAUUUUGGUCUGACCAAGGCUUUCGGCGACUCGAAAACACAUAUAACCACUGAACCAGCUGGUACUAUGGGCUACUUAGAUCCCGAGUACUUCCGCAGUUAUCACAUCAGCGAGAAGAGCGACGUGUACAGCUUUGGUGUCGUACUCCUGGAGCUCAUCACAGGCCGCCCUCCUGUCAUCCCGGUCAGCGACAGCGUGAGCGUCCACGUUGGCGAGUGGGUGCAGCAGAGCCUUGACCGUGGCACCAUGGAGAGCAUUGUGGAUGCAAGAAUGGUAGGGGACUAUGACAUCAACUCUGUCUGGAAAGCUGCUGACCUGGCCCUGCAUUGCAAGCGAGAGGUCUCAAGGGAGCGUCCGACGAUGGCGGAGGUGGUGGCGCAGCUUAAGGAGUGCUCGGAGCUCGAGAAUCGUCUUGACGGGAGGCAAAGAAGCUUGGGUUCGAACUUUUCUAGGGAGGGAAGUGCACUUGAGGAAGAAGAAGAAGAACAAGGUGGGGGUAUACGGGCUGUUGCUGCUGGUCCUGCGAUGAGAUAGUUUUGAUCUUACAUUAUUGUUGCAGGUUAAGAUCAUUCUUCCCUUAUUUUUUGCUGAUAAAACCUCCGUCUGUCUCUGUAAAUUUCUCAAGUUCCUUGCACCUCUUAGGCCCUGUUUGUUUGGACUUAUGCUUCUGCUUCUGCAGCUUUUCCACUUUGACAAAAAAAUAUCAAAAAAGCUUCUCAAUAGGUGUUUUUUUGCUUCGGCUUUUAGCUUAUAUUAUCAUUAUAACAAUAUUGAUUCAUAAGCCAAAGGCCGAAGCAAAAAGGCCCUAAAUAGGUACAGAGGGAGUAUUUGAUUUGAUUAA